UACUUCCUGGCCAGUAAUGGCAGUGCAAGAAAAGAAGGGAGAGUUUUCAUCGGGAAGGUAAAGCUUUGGCUGUCAAGCCAGUGGCCAAUUGUCUUCUCGAACAUAUCACACCAUUUGAAACGAUUUCCCUGCUUUAACGGCCCUAUUUACUUCCUCUGUAUCCCCCCGCGUGCGCUUGCUCUCAAGUGCCAGUCCGACUCAAAACACUCCUGCCUUCUCUCUCUCUCUCUCUCUCUCUGCUCCUUUCUUCUGAUGAAAGACCAAAGAGAACUCGAAAGAAGGAAUUAAUGCUGCUAGUCACUACAAAGAUAAACACCCAUUUUUUCUAAUGGAAACCUGAGCAGGCUUUGCCAGACCCAACCCACAUUUCUUAACGGACUGCCUGGUGCUGCAGCUCCUACUACUACUCUCAUUUCUAUCACUGUCUAGGAUUUCCUGUAAAAAGCCUGGUUCUUGUAGCAUAAAUCUCGCGGGAGAGUCCUUGAGAUACAACCUUUAGGGCGAAAAAGAAGAUUGCGUAUGAGAGAGAAACCGGGAAAGCAAGAAAAAAAAGGGAAAAUAAGAGUGAGAGAAUGUUUAUGUUGUUAUAUACCAAAGCUUCCUAGUGAACAACAGCUAGCCAAAAAGAAAGAGAAAAAAAAGAUAAGACAGUGAGAGAUAAUGGAAGGCGUUUCCAAUAGCACUUCUUGCAUGAUGGCUUUUGGACACAACAGCAAUGGACUAUGCCCUAUGACGGUGAUGCCUCUCACUGCUUUUCAUCCUCAUGAUCAACAUCAAUAUCAUCAUCAUCAUAAUUCGGACUUCAACUCCUUAUUUCUUCCUUUAGCCCCAACCAACAAUCAAGACCAGAACCACAAUAGCAGCAGCGGCUCCUCUAUGAUUAUUGACGAUCAAAGCAACACCACCAACAACAAUACCGGAUGUUAUUUCAUGGAGAGCAACGAUGGCAGCUCUUCUUCUGUCAAGGCCAAGAUCAUGGCUCAUCCUCACUACCACCGUCUCGUAGCCGCCUAUGUCAAUUGCCAAAAGGUAGGAGCACCACCUGAAGUGGUUGCGAGAUUAGAACAAGUAUGUGCAUCUGCGGCCACUAUGGGUCCCAGUACCACCGGCUGCAUAGGUGAAGAUCCAGCACUUGACCAGUUCAUGGAAGCUUAUUCUGAGAUGCUCGCUAAAUACGAGCAGGAGCUAUCUAAAACAUUUAAGGACGCCAUGCUUUUCCUCCAAAGUGUCGAGUACCAGUUUAAAGCCCUCACUGUUUCCCCUUCAAAUUCCGCUUGUGGAGAUGCUGUUAACUUGAAUGGAUCAUCUGAGGAAGAGGCUGAUAUGAACAACCACCAUUUCAUCGAUCCCCUUGCGGAAGACCGAGAGCUUAAAGGCCAGCUGUUGCGUAAAUACAGCGGAUAUUUAGGCAGCCUGAAGCAAGAGUUUAUGAAGAAGAGGAAGAGAGGGAAGCUUCCUAAGGAAGCCAGACAGAAGUUGCUGGAUUGGUGGGCUAAACAUUACAAAUGGCCGUACCCAUCGGAAUCGCAGAAGCUAGCGUUGGCAGAGUCAACAGGUCUGGACCAGAAGCAAAUUAACAACUGGUUCAUUAAUCAAAGGAAAAGGCAUUGGAAGCCAUCUGAGGAUAUGCAGUUUGUGGUAAUGGAGGCUACCUAUCCACACUAUUUCAUGGACAAUAUUUUGGGGAAUCCCUUCCCUAUGGAUCUCUCCCACGCACUUCUUUAAAGACAAUGAGUAUGGAUGCAUCGCUGCUGCCAAGCUUGAAGGCAACUGCUUUUAUAUGCAACCUGUUAUAGUUAAUUGUGGAGUAUAUAAUUAUGAUUACCUACGGAUAUUAUUUAUUUAAUAUAUCAAAGAUUAACUCCUGUUACAAGUAUCCAAAA